GGUUUAUAUAGUAUCAUCGUGUACGUGAAAACCCUUUUCAUCAAAAUUCUUUGAAUCUUGCUUUGUCCUCUCUAAUUUUCCUUUUUGCAUGGCGAAUUCCAAUAUUGUAAUUAAGCAAGAAAUUUUGGAUGAUAAUAGUGGGUUUACGAAGAAGCCGCCGGAGAAAUCUUCACCGGCGCCUCAAUCGGUGUUUAUUGAUCUAAGUAGUAGUGAUGAUUCCGACUCCGAUUCCGACUCCGAUUCCGGUUCCGAUUCCGGUAGUUUUUCCGGUAAUGGUAGUAAUAGGCCGAAGAAGAAGAGGAAGAGUGUACAGGAUGUGAACUUCGCAUUGCCUUUGGGAUUUUUGGAUCCUUUGCCACCGCCUAAGGAACCUCCAUUGCAGUUACCGGCUCCGCCUAAUGGAAGUAAUAGGGAUUUAAGCGUUUCGGGGAGUAAUUGCAAGCAGUUUUGGAAGGCUGGAGAUUAUGAAGGGUCUCCUUCUGCUAGUUCAGGACUAAAAUCAGGUGGUAUAGAUCAUGUCCGAGUUCAUCCCAAAUUCCUACACUCCAAUGCCACAAGUCACAAGUGGGUACUUGGAGCUCUUGCUGAGCUUUUGGACAAUUCAUUGGAUGAGGUGUCCAAUGGAGCAACAUAUGUGAACAUUGAUAUGGUCAAAAACAAAAAGGAUGGGAGCAGAAUGCUUCUGAUUGAAGAUAAUGGUGGUGGGAUGGAUCCUGAGCGAAUGAGGCAUUGCAUGUCUCUGGGAUAUUCUGUGAAAAGCAAAAUGGCUGAUACUAUUGGGCAGUAUGGAAAUGGAUUCAAGACAAGUACCAUGAGACUUGGAGCUGAUGUGAUUGUUUUCUCUCGUUCUGGUGGGAAGCCAGGGAAAAGCCCCACACAGAGCAUUGGAUUGCUGUCCUACACAUUCUUGCGAAACAAAGGAAUGGAAGACAUCAUUGUUCCCAUGCUUGACUACGAAAAAAGAGAAGGGUGGGACAAGAUAAUACGAUCAUCUCCUGGUGACUGGGAUAAAAAUCUUGAGACCAUAGUUGAGUGGUCCCCUUUUUCAAGUGAAGUUGAUCUUCUUAGACAGUUUAAUCCGAUGAAAGGUCAAGGCACUCGGAUUAUAGUGUACAAUUUGUGGGAGGAUGACCAAGGACUACUCGAGCUAGAUUUUGAUGCUGAUCCACAUGAUAUUCAAAUAAGAGGAGUCAACCGUGAUGAGAGGAGCAUACAGAUGGCCAAACAGUAUCCGAACUCCCGGCAUUUCUUGACAUAUAGACAUUCACUAAGGAGCUAUACAUCAAUUCUAUACCUAAGAGUUGCUCCUGGCUUUCGGAUUAUUCUGCGGGGUAAAGAUGUUGAGCACCAUAACAUAGUAAAUGAUAUGAUGAUGACCCAAGAGGUCACGUAUCGCCCUAUGCCUGGCGCGGAUGGAGUACCCAAAGAUUCCAAUAUGGUGGCUACUGUGAAAAUUGGGUUUGUAAAGGAUGCUAAAUCCCAUAUUGAUGUUCAAGGGUUUAAUGUCUAUCACAAAAAUAGACUUAUUAAGCCAUUUUGGAGGCUUUGGCAUGCUCCUGGAAGUGACGGGCGUGGAGUUAUAGGUGUAUUGGAAGCCAAUUUUGUUGAACCAGCACAUGACAAGCAAGGGUUUGAGCGUACGACAGUUCUUUCAAGACUUGAAGCACGAUUAGUGCAGAUGCAGAAAACUUACUGGUCAACUCUUUGUCACAAAAUUGGGUAUGCUCCUAGGCGGAAUAGGAAAGCUAUUGCACGAGAGAAUUCUCCUGAUUAUCUUCCUUCAGCAUCUCAAUCGAAACAUAAUAGUUCCGGAAAGUCAUCUGAGAAGAGCAAUGGUGUUGGGCAUCUUAAUGGCAAGCAUGAUGGCAAAACCAAAAGAUCUAGAAACAUACCAAGUUCUUUGGAGCCAUCAACUUCUGCCGAAGAUGACAGCGAUGAUAGUGUCCAAGUUGUCCUUCCAAAGAAUCAACCAGGUGGACAUCAGAAGCAUACUAAUGGAAAAGAUGGCUAUCAACCAGGUGGACAUCAGAAGCAUACUAAUGGAAAAGAUGGCUCUCGGGUUAUGCAUUCACCGCCAGGCUUUGGACAAAGAGUUGCUGAGCAAGUAUGUUCUCCUGGUGGAAGCCUCAAGCGAGUUACUAGAAGUUCAAGAUCAAAGGUAGAUGCUGAUGAGAAUGAGGGCAUGCUGCCAGAUAACCUCACGGAGUCUCUAGAGCAGUUAAAAGCAGAGAAUCGUGAGCUUAAAGAAAGGUUGCGGAGGAAAGAGGAAGAGAUUUUAGGUGAUCUGCUACGUGAUUUACAACUUGAAAGAGAGAGAUCCAAAUCACUUGAAGCUCAGCUGCAGGAGUCGACUAGAAAAAUAGAGGAACUUAACAAGGAGCAAGAAAGUUUAAUAGACAUAUUCACGGAGGAGAGACAACGCCGUGAUAUGGAGGAGGAGAACUUGAGAAAGAAGUUGAAGGAUGCAUCAAAUACUAUACAAGAGCUUCUUGACAAGGUGCAGGUUCUGGAGAAGACAAGGUCUGUCAAUCAUAGGUAGUUUAAAUCAUCUAGGGAACUCACAGUCUCUCUUGGUUGUCCAUGCUGUAUAUAUUAUGAGUGAGCCAUAGCACCAAAAUUCGUAGGAACGUUAUUUUGGUGCAGUGGUUUUAACCUAAUUGUGUUUCCACUGCUCUUGAGCUCCGGGCACACAGGCAUUGCUCAUUUCUUCUCCAAGUUUCGGUUGUCUUGCCUAGUAGGGUGGUUUAGAGUGAACCUUGAUUUCCUAUUAUCUUUAGAUCCUGAAGCCUCUCAUCUUCUUAGCUUUGAGGUGUGCUAGAAUUGACAUUUUCUGUUGCCUUGCAAGGUUAGGAGAAAUAUCAAUGCCAAAUUUUUUCUCAGGAUGAUGUGCCACUGUUUUGUAAAUAUUCUAGAAAAUGGCAAGACUUAUUGCCCUCUAAUUUCUAAUUUGAUGGAGAUGCUGGUGGCAUUCUUUAUUUUUAUCCAACAACUUUGCAGUGAUAAUUUCAAUAUCUUUGCUGUGAUAUUUUACUAGUAAUUGCUGCACAAGUCCCUGACCUA